AUGGCUGCAAAUUCAAAACUCUAUCAGUAUGAUGAACAAGCAUCUGGGAAUACUGGAUUUUUGUUCACUUUUCCAGUUUUGCCUUAUCUUGGAUAUGAAGCAUACAAACACAUAAACUAUGCAGGAGUGGUUCAUGCACAGUGUAAUGUUGAAGAAAUCAUCGAACAAGCUGAUUACCUUUAUGGCAGUGGAGAAACAGAAAAGCUUUAUCAUCUAUUAGUAAAGUACAAAGACAGUGACAAUGCUGAGUUUCUAUGGCGACUAGCUCGGGCUUCACGGGAUCUGGCUCUUCUAAGCAGCACAUCUGCAGAAGACAAGAAAAGACUGAUGUAUGAAGCCUUUGAUUAUUCAAGGAAUGCACUAGAGAAAAAUGAAUCUAGCUCAGCAGCACACAAGUGGUAUGCUAUUUGUAUCAGUGAGAUUGGAGACUAUGAAGGAACUAAAAUAAAAAUUGGAAACGCUUAUUUAGUAAAAGAACAUUUACAGAGAGCUAUUGAGCUAAAUCCAAAAGAUGCCACUGCAAUCCACAUCUUGGGCCUGUGGUGCUUUGCCUUUGCGGAACUACCUUGGUACCAGCGCAAAAUAGCUGCCAUACUAUUUGCAUCGCCACCAAGUUCAACGUAUGAAGAGGCUCUUGGCUACUUUCUCAAGGCUGAAGAAGGUAUGAAGCUACAGAUUGAAUUAGGUGGAGCAGAUGGUUUACAGUCUGUGCAAUGGGAUCCAUUUUAAUUUGCAUUGUCAAGUUGUUACAUUUGUAUAUGUACACACAGUGGAGGUAGGUCAUGAUGGUUCAUUUUGUUUACUAACAUGUUAAUUAAUACUUUAGUACAGAAUGUAUUUUAUAGUUUUUUUUUGUUUUUUCUCUACAUAACAAAACCACUUUUAAGAUUCAUUGAGUGAUUUGUUAUUAACAUGCUUAAUGACAAUGCAGAAUUUUAAUGCAUCCCCUUACUGACUUAUAUAUAUAUCGCCUUUUAUAGCAAAAACUUGCUAAUGCUGGGAAAAAGCUACAUGAUGCUGAAGGACCAGAAGUCGUCCCUCUUGUGGCUCAGCAAAGCUAAGGACUACCCAGCUCACACAGAGGAGGAUAAACAGAUUCAUAAAGAAGCGGUGGAACUUCUCAAAACACUUAGUGGUUAAAACUAUGUGACCAAGCACAAUCAUGUAGCUUUAUCUACUGUUCAUACACUUGUUGAAUAGAUCCUUUUAUUCACAUCAAGAAAUGGAUAGAUAAAUCAACACAUACAUGCACUAAACACAAUAGAGAUUAAACAUUGUAUUUCAUUUCCAGGAAGACCCUGAUCUUAAGUCAGUUAGUUAUCGGCAUACUACUGUGAAUGUACAGUAGUAUUCCUAUAAUAAUCAUGUAUUAAAAUAAGAAGCCAACUUCCCAAUGUUUCAGUAUGUUUAACAUACCUUUGUCAAUGGAAAGUGUGUUUGAAAAUAAACAGUGGAGGUACUUCUGAACUUUUGAUGCCAUGGCAAUUUCCUGAAUCCAUUUUCAGGAUUCAGUUCCUCUUCGAAUCCCUUUUUGCUAAAAUCGAUCGUCUCAGUUUUCCACGUGACCUGUUGUAGUGGAGCCACUCGACCUGACCGGCUAGACCAGUGGUUUUCAACCUGUGGUGCGCGUACCUUUACUGGUAUGGGACAGACCGACAGUUCUUUAUGACGAUAUGAUGCCUCAAAACACACUGCUGUCAAUCGCACCAUCGUGUAUCAAUCUGUUUGUACCACUAAAGAACAGACAAAUGAGAAACUAUAAUGCAGAGCUCCAGACUGUGCUUAAAAUGGGUAGAAAUGCAAGAACAACCGAAAAAAACAGCCGCAUCUCCCUUUAAAGCAAGUGUCAAUAUUUACGAAUGUGACAUGA